ACCGGGCGAGGCCAGCCGACGGAAAUAUCUGGCCCACUAGAGCUACAGCUAUCCCAUCUCCACGAACCAUGGCAGUCGCCCAGGCCGCAACGGUGGUGGCUGCGGCCGCCGCGUGCCGGGGCAUUUCGCCGAGCGGGACGACUGGCGUGUUCAGGUGGCGACCACGCCGGCGCGCGCUGGCACGGGCACGCCCGGCGCGGCGCGGGAGCCGAGCCACGGGCCGCGGCCGGGGGCUCGUCGUCGUGGCCGAGUUCGGCGGGACGUACGAGGACGGAUUCGAGGACGUGCACAAGAACAUCAUCAACUACUUCACUUACAAGGCCACGCACACGGUCCUCCAUCAGCUGUACGAGAUGAAUCCCCCAGCCUACACCUGGCUCUAUAGUUACAUUUCUGUCAACGAUCCAUUAGAUGGCGAUUACUUCCUUCGCUUGCUCGCCAAGGAGAGGCAAGACCUCGCAGAGAGAGUGAUGAUCACGCGCCUCCACCUGUACGGCAAAUGGAUCAAGAGAUGCGACCACGCGAUGAUGUACGAACGGAUCUCCAAAGAGAACCUGGAUAUCAUGCGCCAAAGGUUGGUCGAGACAGUGGUCUGGCCGACCGAUGACACAAACUUCGGCGAGUCUAAGGAUUGACGCGGAGCAAUAGCUGCUUCAAUAGAUGCUGUAUAUUUUCUUCAAUGUUUUUUUGACUGGCUCAUUUCUGUAUAUGGCAGCUCUGCUGCAUGAAUAGAACAGUUGAUAGGGGUCUGUAGUGAGCUGGGACCCUUCUUGUCCUCGCACAACUCGGUGAAACCUUGUGAGACAGUGUGUGUCUGUAUGUGGGUUUUAACCUGGAUGUUGUCUUGUGCAAAGAA